CCAGAGGAAGUCAAAGUAUCUCUCUCAAAUGAAAACGUGAGUCUCCAAGAACAACAUCUACCCCGUCAACAUACAAAGCACUCGGAGGAAGAAAGUGGUGGGGUUGAGCAAAGCACAUCUGACUCAGCAGAUUAUGAGGACUGCAUCAUUAAGAUUGAGCUGGAGAAAACUGCCAAUGGGAGUCUGGGAUUUGCGCUAGUAGGUGGCAGAAAUGGCCGGGCUAUCCUAAUUAAAGCCAUCAGCCCAGGAAGUAUCGCUGAUCUCGACGGGAGGCUUCAAGUGGGUGACAUCUUACUAAAGGUGAAUGGAGAUUUAGUGUCUGGUUUGACGCGCAAUACGGUGAUCGACCUCUUACGCAAGGCUCAAGGCACCAUUCAGCUCACUGUCUGCCGAAGCGUGGCAUUGCAUUGGGCUUAUUCAGGCAGCCAGUGUGAUACUUCUUCCCUCCAGAGCACAACAGCCCAGUCGGAUGAACAAGGUAACGAGGGAAGCCUAGAAGCCAAGCACUCAUUCACUUUCAGAGGAGGGGAAGAGGAAUCCAGCCAGAUGUGCAGCAAGGAUUCAGAAAGUAAAUGCGGUUCACCCCUGCAAAGUCAAUCAACUGAACUGGAGUUUGGGGCAAAUGCAGACAGAUCACAGAAAUACUCCAGGUGUGAAAGCAGCCUUAGAACAGAUAGUCAGGAGUCUGAGACUGACAGCUGGAUAAGUGAGGAAGAUGAAGUGGCCCGGAGGAUUUCCCUUCUACCCAGAGGCAGAACACUUGUUUCUGAAGACGAGCUGACUCAGCUGACUCACAUUAUGCCAUCGCUGACUGGGGUAGAUCUGAGGUCUCGUCUCAGAGUUCUGAUCCAGAGCCUUCGGAGGCAGAUUGAAGAGCAAGAGAUCCUGAAAGAGUUUGUGGCUUUAGAACACAUGAAACCGCUCGAUGGCUGCCAAGUUGGGAAAGCGCCAGAAAACCGGGAGAAAAACAGAUACCGAGAUAUCCUUCCAUAUGAUGCGACACGGGUUCCUCUUGGAGCAACCAGGGGCUAUAUUAAUGCAAGUUACAUCCGAACGCAUAUUGGAGAAGAGGAACAUUUCUAUAUUUCAACACAAGGGCCUCUCCCUUGCACUGUGGCUGAUUUCUGGCAAAUGAUUUGGGAGAAUGAGUCAGAUGUGAUUGCCAUGAUGACAAAAGAAGUGGAGCUUGGAAAAGUCAAGUGUCACAGAUACUGGCCUGAACCUCCACAGGACUCUCUAGACCUCAGUGAAUUCCAUCUGAGGCUGGACAACUGCCAGAUCUUGGAAUAUUUUAUCAUCCGAAUAAUAGAAAUAAUUAACAAGCAGACAGGAGAGAGACGCUUCGUAAAACACUUGCAGUUUACCACUUGGCCAGAUCACGGUACUCCCAGACUGAUAGAGCAUCUCGUCAAAUUCAUUCGCUACAUGAGAAAAAUUCACCAGACGGGCCCCAUAACGGCCCACUGCAGCGCUGGGAUUGGAAGGAGCGGGGUUCUGCUUUGUAUUGAUAUUUUGCUGAGCUGCAUUGAAAAAGAUCUAUGUUUCAACAUCAAGCAGAUAGUGAGAGAGCUGAGGCAUCAGCGAUUUGGCAUGAUUCAGACCAAGGACCAGUACCUAUUCUGCUACGAAGUAGUGCUGCAAGUGCUGCAGAACAUUGAAACCAUGGAAUCCCAUCUCCUCCAAUAAGAACCUCUGCUAUUGCCACUCGUCUUGGAGACCGCCCUCUUACUUGAGACUUAUUCUAACGGGCUGUCAGACCAGCAUGGACAGGCGCUGUACUGCGUGCACUAUCUCGCUUGUCGCGCUGUGUUAGGAAAUGUUGAUUUCUAAAGCAUUUCUAAACCAGCAUAAAAUAGGUUGGUAAAUUAUUUAUACGCUGGCUCACUGGCUUGAGAAUUGAUCAGCAUCACUGAUAAGUUGCCUCAGAGAGUAAUUUGGAUGUUCUGCGUAACAGCAUAUUGGUGGCCAGGAGAAUGACUUUGGCUGGUGGCUAGGAAGUAACGUACCCUAUCAAGGACUGCAGCUGUAUUCAGUUAGCUUUAAUAUCGGAAGGGCAGCUAGGAAGCUCUGAGACCAUGACUGUUUCAAGUUGAAGGUCAGUUGUCUCUCCUAUGUCACUCUAGACUUUUGCUCCUGUAUUUUGAAUCAAUAUUCUCUGCUCCCAGUGAUGCUCUCAAGUGGGGGUGCCAAUUCAUUUGCUUCUGGUUGUUUGAACAACUUAGAGCCAUUUUCUGCCAUCAUUCUAGCUUUAGGGCCCACUGCCAUUGGUGGAAGUUUUCAUAAAUAAGUUGAUGGCAGGACAUGACCCCAAAGCUCUAGUGAGCUACUUUCAGAGCAGGCAGAGCUCCAACAAUUGGAAUGGAUGGCGGUUUUCCCCUAGCAAUAUCAGCUAUGUAGAGAUCAUUAGCUCCUUUCAUUCUGUACCCAUGUCAAAAGGAAAGUAUUACUAAACCAGCUCUGUGAGUGUGUGUAUAUAGAACUGUCACACUAAAUGUGCAAUUCUUCCCUUCCCAUUGAUUUGCUAUCUAAUAGUCCCUUAUUUAGGGCCUGAUCCAACUCCAGUUCAAGUUGAUGGAAAGCUCCAUUGAAUUUGGGGGCAUGGGGGUUGAAUCUGGUCCUUAAGCAACAUUAAAUAGCUCUGUUGUACUAUACACUUUUUCGUGAAAGCUGGUUCACUUUCUGAGAGUUCCAGUUUGAGCAAAUCUCUCCUGCUUUCCCCUCUCCUCCAAUUCAUCCCAUGAGACUGAAAUCUGCAUUAAACUGGAAAAUUCUCUGGGAUAUCUUACCUACCUCACAGCCUGGGGCAUUGUGGGGGUUCAUUUGUUCAUGUUUGUAAAUUGCAAACUACUGCUAUGAUAUUAUUGUAACUCGUUUGCCUAGAGGGUUAUAUUUAUGGAAGUAGAAUUAUUAGCAAUGCAACAGAAGAUUACCUUUUGUUAAAAAUAGGCAACACAGUGGUGAAAUAUAUUAACAGCAAUGUGUGUAUAAAAACUGCUUCCUUGACUUCAAGACAGUAGUAAUAUUAAGAGAUAUUUGCAUACAAAGCCACUCUGCAAGCUACAAGAUAAUAAAUACUCUUGUUUCAUUUUAUUAUGGAUCAGAGUGAUAGAUUUAUGGCGGAAGAGGAAUAUGGCAUUAAAUACAAUUUAAAAUCUGACUUUCAGAAAAAUGCAUCCUUAUAAAGUUCUUCUAAGAUUCCAUGUCAAUUUCUCCUUUCUGCCCCCAGCUCCAGUGGGCUUACCCAAGAGUAACGGGAGUAGAAUUUACAGUGUAAGCCAGACGCUGAUUCAGUCACAGUGAUAGAACUCCUAUUAAGUUAGUGGAGCAACUCCAGAUUUACAUUGCUGUAAAUGAGAACAGAACCUGGUGUUCUAUCUUGAAUGAACUGAGUUUGAGCCUUCUAGAAAGCAUUAUUCUCCAUGCAUUAUGAAUUUGUUUUACUCUCUGCAUGCUGCAUCUAGAAUAGCCGUUAUUUGCACAGAUUUGUCAAGCAUCGUUAGCCAAGUGUUCAUAAAUUUGUUACCUCUAUUGGGUUUUGGCCUUUCACUUUGGUUUUAUUUACUGCACUGUACAUGUAUUGCUAUGUAAGAUAAAAUUGCACAACCUAAUGCACAAUUCACUUUUUGUACUAAACUGAUUUAAACCAGUUUCACAAUGGAAAUGUUUUGGACUUUGUACAAACAUGGCUGUGAACAAACCUAUUGGAUUUGUAAAGACAAUCUUGGUGAUAACCUGUGUUGCUCCACUUUUUACGCGUGCAUCAUCUUUACAGCUGUUUGAACAUAUAAAUGUUUCCUGUUUUACAGAGAUAUUAAAG